GCAUCGCGUGUUGUCUUUCUUGAUGACGAGUUUUUGGCGCGCCUGAUGCGCUAGGAGGACCUGGUCGCUGACGCUCUGGAAGCUGUCAACAUAGCUCAUUUAAUUGAGCACAAGUGUCCCGAUCCUCCAGUUAUCCAUCACUGAUGUCUCAACAACAACAAACGGUGCCCACUGCCCCGGACUCCCCUGCUCUGGUGGUCACUACAAAUGUGCAAAAAUAUGCGAUUAAAAAGAAGAAGGUCCUGAGUGCUGAAGAGUCGGAGCUCUUUGAGUUAACACAGGCUGCAGGGAUCACUGUUGACCAAGAGGUUUUUAAGAUCAUUGUGGACCUUUUAAAGAUGAAUGUGGCUCCUCAAGCUGUCUUCCAGACUCUGAAGGCCAUGUGUGCAGGCCAAAGGGUCGCUGAAAGCUGCAGUGGAGAGUCUUCAGCUGCGGCCCACACCACUAGUAUCCCCACAGCCCCCACAGAGACCAGAGAAGAGGAGUCUUUGGGCUCUGGAAAGAGCCCUAAGCCUGCUGCAGCUCCCCCCGCAGCAUCUGGCUCCAGAGCCACAAGGGUCAACACUAAGAUCGUGGUCUACGGCCCCCAAGAUGCUAGCUCCUCUCACUCUCAAGUGCGUAGUAAAGCUGGGGCGAGUCACAGCGAGAAGAGCCGAGAGGCGUCCAGCCAGAGGGUACAGCGUCAGCCCAGCGCCACCAGAGGGCAGAAGACUAAGAGCUCUGGCAGCAGCAGCUCCUCCUCCCAGAUAAACUCCACAUGAACACUUGCAUCUGAGACAGCUGUAAAUAUCUAGGCUUUGUAAUAUUCAGUUUUUGUUUGUUAUUGCUCAAAGGAUUCUCCUUUACAAAAAUACCAUUCAUAUUUAUCUGUGCAUUAAAACUUUUAGGUGAAACAGCCCUAAAACUUUCCUAAGUGGGUUUCUCCUCAUCCUCAUCGUGGCAGUUGUUACUGUUAAGCCUUUUAUCCGAUUGCCUUGUAAUGUUUAAAAAACAAAUGACAGGAAAAUAAUGUAAAUCCUGAAAGAUCUCAGAUUUUGUACUUUAAAAUGAAAGUGUUCAGUGUGUAUGUUUUUAUAUAUGAACUAAUCUUUAAUAAAUAUAAUACUAAUAUCCA